UAAUGAUAUAAGCCUAAUGAUAAUGAUGGCAAAAGAGAUCCUAGCUUUAUUUUAACAAAAUUAUUUUUUAAUAUUUCUUUGUUAAAUUUUCUUAAAUAAAUUUAUUAUAGGGUUGGUUAUUGGAAAAAGAUGGACUGAUGCCACAGCUACCUAAUGAUACUUGCUGGAACUCCCAACUAGAUUGUUUACAGACAUACAUAUCUAAUCAUUCUCUGUACGUUGACAUUAGAGGUGAGCAUAUGGAAUCCAUUGAUCCUUCGAUAGAAAGCCUAAUUGACAAUCUAUCAAUACAGAGAGAAGCAAUAAAUUUAUAUGCACAACUGAAAAUUGUUGGUGUUGCGUUAGAUAAGUUGCAAGCAGACGAUACAACUUUGUCUGAAGCAGUUGAGAUUUGGCAAAGCCUCAUACAUAAUGAAAAAUUGGCUUUGUACAAAGAUGAUAUUUUAAAGAGGUUCAAGAAGGCAAUUGUUCCAUGUCAUUUUCUUGCCAAUUUAACAGAUCCAAAAUAUGAAGGAAGAACAUUGGAUAGAAGUCAAGAAGAAGAAGCUGAGGAAUGGUUGAAUGAAGUCUAUCCUGAAUUUAUGCCAGGCUAUUAUGCGUUUAAACUAAAAGAUGCUAAUUGUUUCCCAACAUAUUUAUUCAACGAUAGUGUUAAAAGCACAACAUCAGCAACAAAUUGGUGGAGAAUUAUAGAAAUGAAAGAAUCUAAGUCUUCCAAAUUGCCUGCAAAUUUUGCAAAAUUUUUACGGCAGUUGCACACUUGUCCAGAUAGUACUGGAUCCAUAGAAAGAUUUUUCUCAUCUUUUGGGAUUAUUUGGAGCAAAAUUAGAAAUCGUUUAGGAAGAGAAAAAGCUGAAAUGCUUGUACGAAUUUACAGACAUUUAAGAUCAAGAUGCACAAUUGCUGAUGACUUUUAGAUUACUUUGUUUUAAAUGAUUAAGCUUGAAUAUUAUUGCUCCAAGUAAAAUAAAAUUCUUGUUUAUGA